UUGCUAGGCAACAAGGAGCACUUCACACCUGAAGAGCAUCGUGUCGGACCACCGUCCAGGACCAGACAUAUGUCUAGGACGAGAAAAACACUUCCGUGGGUGUUUCUGCCGCCGCCACGUGGUGGCGGAGUGACAGAGAGAGAAGGGAGAUAAUCAUCUUUAAUUAGUUGCAGCUGUUAAACCUGCUCAUAAGCAGCUGUGCCUGGUCAACUUCCACUUUUAUCUGCUUGGGUGGGUCCUGUUGGUUCAUAUGAGUCUUAAUUCAUUCACAUGACAUUUGAUCAAUUUGUUUUUUAAAUAGUGUGACUUGUAUACUUGCCUGUAUACCGUGUGCAUAGAUUUUUUUUUUUAAGCAGUUAAGCCACUCAAAAUAAGCAUAACUUGUAUGUUUAGCCUGUGCAUGUUUCCUGAUAUACAGUUCAGGGAUUUAAGUAUUUUCCCUGCUUUUCAAACGUCAGCUCUGCUGGUCGCUGCUGCUGCUUCGGGUCGUAACUGAAGCAGACCAACGGCUUGACGUCUCUUCCGGCUCUUCUUGGACAGCAACCCCUUUUCCAGGGCAGAAUGUUUCGGUGCCUGCUUUUCACACUCUUGUGUGAGUUUGCAGCGGCCGUUACCGCGGUACCCUUGGACCACCAGUGGGAGCUCUGGAAGAAGAUGCACAACAAAGUGUAUUCUGAGGAGGUUGAGGAACUGGGUCGCAGGCGGAUAUGGGAGGAAAAUCUGGAAAUGAUUAAUGUCCAUAACCUUGAGACGACCCUGGGCAUGCACUCCUACGAGCUGGCGAUGAACCACCUGGGGGACCUGACCUUCGAGGAGAUCACUGGUCGAUUCAUGGGCACGUUCGUACCGUCUGAGCUCGAGCGGGUUCCUCAUGAACUGCAACUCAACAAGUCUCUGCCAGAGUCCGUGGACUUGAGGGAGGAGGGGAUGGUAACUCCAGUCAAGACACAGGGGACUUGUGGGUCUUGUUGGGCGUUUAGUGCCGUUGGAGCCCUUGAGGGUCAACUAAAGAAGUCCACAGGCAUCUUGAGGGCCCUCAGUCCACAGAAUCUGGUGGACUGCUCUGGAAAAUAUGGCAACUACGGCUGCCGGGGUGGCUUCAUGUCCGACGCUUUCCAGUACGUCAUCAACAACCAUGGCAUCGACUCUGAUGCUGCGUAUCCGUACGUUGGAAAACGUGAGCAGUGCAAGUACAAACCCGAGUAUCGUGCUGCCAAUUGCUCGGGCUAUGCCUUCUUGCCAAAGGGGGAUGAAUUUGCUCUGAAAGCGGCCGUGGCUCACAUCGGCCCCAUUUCUAUCGCCAUCGACUCUUCCAGGCCAAAGUUUCACUUCUACCGACAUGGUGUGUACAGGGACCACUCGUGCAGCCACAACGUGAACCAUGGCGUGCUGCUUGUAGGAUACGGUACCGAGGGAGGAGAGGACUACUGGCUGGUCAAAAACAGUUGGGGCGAACGCUACGGAGCGAAGGGAUACAUCAAAAUGGCUCGGAACCGACGCAACCAGUGUGGCAUCGCCCUCUACGCUUGUUUUCCCAUUAUGUGAACAGCCUCUGUAAACUUCUGAACCUGAGCAUUUGUUUUUCUAAAUGGUCACUUAUUUAAA